ACUGUAUCCAGGGUCCAAAGCAAACAAGCCAAACACAAUCGUGGCUUCAACAUCACCACCAUUCACUUCCUUUACCAGUACCUAAAUACCCAUUGAACCUUUGCUUUUGCGUUUUUACUCGCAAGUUAUCGCCAUGGAUCCUUAUUCGCCAGAAGGAGAGCUCAUCAACAUCCACACAGCGUUCCACGCUGGCGCAUACCAACAAGUCCUCGACUUCGACACUUCCUCAUUCUCCUCCAGCAAUGCGCUCCCUGUCCGUGUCCUGAAAGCACGCUCGCAAAUCGCUCUUGGGCAAGCACAGGCUGUCUCCUCCGAAUUCGCCAGCGAAAAGACACCGGAUCUCGUUGCUGUGAAGCUUCUGGCGGACCUUGAGCAGGGCAAGGAUGUCACUGCUGCGACAAAGAAGCUGGCAGAGCAAUACGGCCAAGAGAAUUUGGCUGUGCAAAUCAUUGGAGGCAUCAUCUUGGAGCGGGCAGGCGAGACAGAGGAGGCUCUUGCACUGCUGAGCAAGCACGAGGGCAGCCUUGAUGCUGUCGCUCUUAUUGUACAAAUCCACCUCCAGCAGAACCGCGCAGAUCUCGCUGCCAAGGAGUCUCAACGCGCACGGAAAUGGGCACAGGACAGCCUCCUCGUCAACAUCGCAGAGUCGUGGGUCGGCAUGCGCGAGGGCGGCGAGAAGUACCAGUCCGCUUUCUACGUCUUCGAAGAGCUCGCCCAGACCUCGCAAUCACAGUCGCCGCAUUCGCUCGUAGCACAAGCCGUAUCCGAAUUGCACCUCGGUCGCCUGCCGGAGGCUGAAGCCGCUUUGCAGCAGGCGAUUGAGAUCGAUCCCAAGUCAGCAGACACCAUUGCUAACCUGGUCGUUUUGAACACAUUGCUUGGGAAGAAGGAGGAGACAGCGCAGCUAAAGCAGCAGCUUGAGAGCACAAACGCCGAGCACAGAGCGGUCAAGGACUGGGCAGAGAAGAAGAGCGAGUUCCAGAAGGCGGCGGCGAAAUACACACCGAAGUUUGAAGUGGCUGCUUAGAGAGGGAAGGCGGGGAGAUGAAGAGCACCAAAGGUGUCACAGGACGUGGCUAGUUUUGAUCAGCGCGAGCAUUUGGCUUGAGAGGACAUGAGGCACUACGAUC